AUGCCGAGCAGAUGCUAUCAGGAGCUCGCUUUCGCAUUCGUAUUGUCAGCAGCCGGUCUGCUCAUCUGUGUCUUCUGGACAGUCCAAGAUGCAAAGUCCUACGAGCAGUCUGCGGACGUCUGGCAGACUGAUGCCGCAUUAGCUGUGCAGACGCUUCAUUUGUCGAAUUUGUCUGUUUAUCUGAUCGGAGCAGUUGUCGAAAGUCGCACAUUGACACAUGUGGCCGAAGUUCGAGCGUCGCAAUUCGUUCAAGUGCUCGUCUUUAUCGAAGAUACGCCCGCUCAACAUUCGGCACCGCCUACGCAAGGCACGCUAUCAGGACAUGCCGGCGAGCUUGUCUUCACCUGUGACGUACUAGAUGCGCGUAUACCAGCGAACGUCAUCAGCAAAGCACCGCUCGAUAGCCAUCGCAACAAUUUUCUCGCCUUCGUGGAGUGUGAUUUACCGGAAAGAUGGGCAACGGCGAGCAGAGAUAGUCUAGCAAUCAGCGUCAUAGCCAACACCGGCCCAGAAAUGGCCUUCGGGGAUCUUGAGCUCGGGCCAAUACCGCGGCGGCAUCAUGCUCUGACUGCUUGCAUGCCGCCCAUUGACAGUAUGCGGAAUGGAUACACUGCGCUACAGCGGCUUCUCGAAUGGCGUCUGCACCACGACUGGCUAGACCGCGUCGUCUGGCAGUCUAGAUCUCCUCAGGAUCUCGCCUUCAUCGACAAAUUUGUCGAUAAGGUGCCCGGGACUGCCAAUGAUACUCUGAUAUUGGCGCCCAUGUACAGCUCUGUGACGCGAAGUGGCAAGAUCUAUUAUGAUCAGACAAUCUGGCUUACGCAUUGCGCGAUGCGACAUCGACAUACAGCCGACUGGCUCGUCUUUGUUGACUUGGACGAGUUCAUACAGCGUGACCCUACUGCCAUCCUGGCAGCGCAAAGUCCCAACGCUGGCGAGAUACAGCUACCACGACUCAAUGUUGGUCGCUCAGAAGCAGAGCGAAAGACAGGACGCAUCGGGUCCGAACAGCUCGUUCAGAUGACCAUGCAAUGGUCCGCAGGUCCAGACAAAGACCCAAAAUCGAUCUAUCGCGCUCUGGCUGUACAGUCAGUUGGCGUGCAUCAUGCGGAUUCGUUGCAUAUGCAGUACAUAUCAGCGACGCUCGAGGAGCCCGUGAUCAAUCACUAUAGAGACCGUGGCAGGCUGAAUCAUAUCGAGCAUUUCGCGAGCUCGCCCGACUUUUCGGAUCUCAAUAUUCGCAUCGCCAACCUGACCGCAGCUCUGUUGUCAAGUCAGUGA